AUGGCGGUGCGACUGCGCGUCCCGGCGUGCGUCGCGCGGUGGCGACGCCUCGGGAGUGGACGGCGGCAAGCGGUGGUUUUGAUCUCCAUCUGCGCCGUCCUCCUCCUCGGCGAUCGCGUACGUUUUUUCUCCACCACCGCGGAACGUCCGUGCGCGCGGCGCGAUGACGACGGGCCGGGGGCGGGAGACGUGGACGCGCGCGAGGUGGUGAUCGCGGACGAUGAUGCCGUCGAGACGGCUGCACCGUCGCGUCGCGCGCGGAUAUCGCGCGCGCUUCAAGACGCGUGUUCGACGCGCUCGGGCGGUACGCGCGAGCACCUCGGAAAGAGUACGCGGGCGAGGGUGCUCAACACGCAGUUCGAUAUGUUCGUGUACGGUGGUACGAGCGGCGUGAGGGACAUCGUUUCAGAUUCAAUAUCAGGUAGCGGCGCGUGGGAGCGUCCGGAGACAGAGACACUCAUGUCACUUCUUUCGAAGGACAAGAAUGGGACGACCCGAGGGUCGUUCCUCGACGUGGGCGCAAACAUUGGAUGGUUUUCCAUGGUCGCAUUACACCUCGGCCACGACGUGAUCGCGUUCGAGCCGUUCCAGAGUAACGUUGAUUUGAUUUGCGCCUCGCUCGAGAGUGUUUCUCCACCGACGGCGAAGAAGUUUCGUCUUCACCAGAUUGGAUUAGACACGAAACGUCGCGAAUGUGAGCUGUUUCAGCAGAAACAUAUUAAUAUCGGAGACACGCACGCGGUGUGCGACGAAAAGACGCGAGCACAUUUUCUCGGCGCGGGAUACGCCUCCUUGGGAUGGAUGAACACAACCACCCUGGACGACGCGUUCGUCGACGGUGCGUUUGAUCACCUAGAUCGCAUAGACGUCAUGAAAAUCGACGUCGAGGGGUUCGAACCGGCUGUUAUCGCGGGGGGGAAUCGAUUCUUUGAGUCAAAAUAUGCUCCUCGCUACGUCUUCAUGGAAAUGGUGUCCUCUCUCAUGGACUCCGCCUCUGGAGCGAAAGGUCGAGGCCAGGACUAUCUUCGCACGACGCUCCUUCAUUUAGGUAAUCACGGUUACGAGCUGGAUUCGUAUAGCGAACGAGACAAUAAUUCAGUAUCGUUACAGUCCAGUCCGUUUGAAGAGGUGUGGCGUCACGCGGAUGGAAAAAAUGUGUUGUUCGUCCGGCGAGAUGAAGCCGGCAAGUAG